AGAGACGAGAGAGGAGAGGAGCGAUGGCUGAGCUCAGAUGGAUUAAAGCCUCUUGGUUUCUGGUUCUGGUGCUUCAGUUUACAGCAGCAGCAACAGGACAAGAUGACCACUUCUUCACUGUCAGAGAUGGAGAUGAAGUCUCUUUGCCUUGUAGAAGUGUGAUAGAUGAUCAUAAGAACUGUAACUCUACUGUUUGGAUCUUCAUAAAUACCAGAACAGAUAUUCUGUUUACAGAAGGGCAGAUUGAUGUUGAAGCCAAAGAUAAAUCAGACAGACUGAGUGUUUCAGAGAAUUGUUCUCUGGUUAUAAAGAAGGUCACCGAUGAAGAUGCUGGUCGUUAUAGAUGCAGAUAUCUCAGCUUAAGAGGAAGAUAUUCUUCUCUGGUUGAUCUGUCUGUUGUGACCAUGACUGAACACAAGGACUCUGAGGAGGUGACGCUGAUCUGCUCUGUGUCCACACAUCUGAGAUGUCAACACAGAGUGAAGUGGCUGAUUCAAGGUCCAGAUAUCAUAAACACGACAACAUCCCAGUCUCCUUGCUCGGACAAUUUGUCCUUUUCAGCUUCUCAUUUCCUUCCGAUGAUUUCCGAGUUGCUCCAGUGUGAAGUGACUGACGGUUACACUGGAGAGGUGGAGGUGUUUCCCUUCAGCCCGCCUCCGUCCUCAGGUGAAGAUCCAACAACAACAACAACAACAACAGUUUGGUCCGUCCUGGACUGCUGCAUGCUGGUUCUCCGCUUGGCUGAACUCCUGCUGGUGACUGUGGUUGUUGUUCUCCUCGUCAGAGCUGGGGGGAACCGGAGACCACGUGAUCCCAACACCGUGCCCGGUGAUGGAGGUGGCCAUGAAGGCGCCGUGAACUAUGAAAACGUGGGCGGUCCGUGUACGUAAUGUUAUUUCGUUUUUUCGUUUCAUUCCAAAUACGGAAUACGGAAAUCACGUGGUUUUUUCGUUUUCCGUUUGAAAACCAAAAACGGAAAAACGGAAUACCACCUCCGUAUUUCGUUUCUGCUGUCUGAAACCAAAAACGACAGAACGGAAGUGCUUAAAAUGAAGUCAAAAUAAAAGCCAGUGAUACAUAUUCGUAUUAACCUUAGAAGAAUAUUAAUGAAUCAAUAUAAAGAAUAAAUAAUUAAACGGAGAUAUUUUAACGAUGCAAACACACAGCAGGGUAACGUUAGAAGAAUAUUAAUUAGUCAAUAUAAAGAAUAAAGAAUUAAACCUGGAUAUGUUAGCGACAGUGGUGACGACGGGAAGUUUAAUAUUCAUGUACACAGCAAGAAUCACCUUCUCACUUAAUUGUUGCAUUGUUUGAUGCAACACAGUUCCUAAUAUAGAUUCAUCAAAGUCAUGUUUCUGUGCAGAGACUAUAUUUCCACCGCAGAGUAAACUGUUCACCUUUAUACCGCUAGAUGGCAGUAUACCUGUUCUUGAUACAUAUGUAUUUAAUGCCGUUUAUUUCCUCUGAUAUUUAUGUUCAUGGUUAAUUUCCAGCAUAGUUGUAUACAUCAUGUAUUUACUUGUUUUAUUUGGGUCAUUUUGGAACUAAACAUUCCCACAUGGAAGAGUGAGGAUAUGAUGACCACGAGGCAAUACAUAUUGACAAUUGAAAAAUAAAGAGACAGUUGAGUUUUUCUUAUAAAGCAGCCUUCAGUUAGCACCCAGUCACAGCACCACCUGUGCUUCACCUGUAACCUUCAUUACUACAUCAUCAUUACAUCAACGGUUAAUGGGGACACGUUUUUUGUUUUGUUUUUUGUUUUAUGUUUAUAUGCAUGUGUGUGUAUGUAUAGUGUGUGUGUUUAUAUGUAUAUAUGUGUGUGUAUAUGUAUGUAUAUGUAUACGUAUGUAUGUGUAUAUAUAUAUAUAUGUAUAUAUAUGAUUCUUUGAAAUAAGUUUUUUCGAGAAAUCAUAGGUUAGGGCACUUAUAAGCUCGUUAGCUUCAGCCUCGACCCUUUCGGUCAGCCACUUUCUUCUUUUGUUGAAUUAUGAUUGUUGUAUAUUUUGCUGAUCGAAAUAAACUAAAUCAUCAUAAACAUGUAA